UGGCAGUUAUUUCUCUAACCUCUUUCCUCUCUCUUUUUCUCUCUCACUCUCUCUCUCGCAACUUUCAUAACUCUCUCCUUAACUGGUAACGCUAGAAUCUUCUCUUUCUUUCUUCACAGUUCACCUAGUUUCAGAGCUUUGAUCUUUCUGUUACUUGCUCGAUCAAUUGAAUCUCCACGAACAAAACCGAUGAACGUAAAAUGAUCGAACGAGGAUGUGAAACUUCCACGGUUUUCAUCCAAAUUUUCUCGCAUAAUCGCUCUCAGCUGAUCUCUUUCGCCGGAGAUGGGGAAGAAAGGAGGUGGUUGGUUUUCAUCAGUGAAGAAAGUGUUCAAAUCGUCUUCUAAUCAUAAGAAAUUACCAGAGAAAAAGAAAGACAACGCAGAGAAAUGGCAACAUGAGGCUCCGGAGGUUGUGUCAUUUGAACAUUUUCCUUCCCCUGAUGCCACUAAUGAAGGCAGCACGGCAUCAAGUCCAGUGACUGAAGAUAGAAAUCAUGCCAUUGCAGUUGCAGUGGCAACUGCAGCGGCCGCAGAAGCUGCGGUUGCAGCUGCACAAGCAGCAGCUAAAGUUGUUCGACUGGCUGGCUAUGGACGUCAUUCCAAGGAAGAAAGAGCUGCUACUCUUAUACAGUCAUACUACAGAGGCUACCUUGCUCGGCGUGCCUUGCGUGCGUUGAAGGGACUAGUGAGGCUACAAGCACUUGUGAGAGGCCACAACGUACGCAAGCAAGCACAGAUGACAAUGAGGUGUAUGCAGGCACUUGUACGUGUGCAGGCAAGAGCGAGAGCCCGCAAACUUCAACUGGCUCAUGAGAAGCUUGAAAAGAAGGUUGAGGAAGAAGAAGAAUUGGAAGGACGAAGGAGAUCGGUGGAUGGAGUAAAUUAUCCCAGGAGCCCAUUACAGAGUUAUAGAACAGAAGGUUGGGAUAACGGGCAUCAAAGUUAUGAGAGAAUCAAGGAAAGUACUUCAAGGAAACAAGAUGCUGUCGUGAAGAGGGAGAGAGCCCUUGCUUAUGCUUAUGCAUAUCAGCAACAACAGCAACAUCAACUCAUGCAAUCUGACCCAAAUGGCAAAAAGAGAGUAUUUUAUGCAAAUGAAAGGGAGAAGAUGCAAUGGGAUUGGAAUUGGCUCGAGCGGUGGAUGUCAUCACAACCAUACCAUGCACGUUAUUUGGGGCCAAACGAAGCAUCUUAUGUGCCGCUGACCACCACUACAACCACCACAGAUGACAUGUCUGAGAAAACAUUAGAAAUGGAUGGGGUCGCUCCACCAGGCAUGGGCAACGUCAACGAUGGCCUAGCGGACACAUCUCCGUACCCAUCUAAGCAUCAAAGACAAUCAAGCUUAAGCACCCAUGUCCCUAGCUACAUGGCUUCAACCCAGUCUGCCAAGGCCAAGCUACGUGGUCAGGGCAUGGUCAAACAGCGUGGAUCCUAUGUGCCUCAAUGGAACUCAUCCACAAGGAAAGGUUCAAUUGGUGGAUCGGGUUGUGACUCCUCAAGUUCAGGUGGAGGAACAGCUGGUUACCAGGCUCCAAGGAGCCCAAACCCCAAGGGUAAUGGGAUGCGCCCCCAGUCAAGACGGAUUGCAGGUUAUAGCCCAGACUCCUACGGUGGUGGAGAGGAUUGGAGGUUGUCUCCCAUUGAUGGUCAUGCUUGGAGGCAUGAUUUUAGUUGAUGAGUGGUAUAUGGAGUUUUUUGUUGAGUAUUUAUACGUAAGUUAUCAUUGAUUGAUGUUUGGCAUUUGUGAUAAGAUUUACCAGUCUCUGAGGCUUGGUAACUAUAUAUAUGUUUGGGUGCAAGAACUCAUAUGCGCUUAUGUUCAUUUUGAUUAUUUAUGAUCCUACAUUGGCACUGCUAUUUUAUUAAUCAACCAUUCAACUCAA